CAACGAGUACGCGGAGUAGUAUCUUCCGGAUGCGAAUCUCUGAAAAAACAGUAUUACACUGGUGGGUACUCCAGCUGCUAGAAUACCCUUGCAGCUUUUCAUAGUACUUUGGUUUCUUUGCGAUUGCCGGUCGUCCAGCAUCCGAGUAGCUUGAUGGUUGUUCAAACUCGUGUUUUCGUUCUAAAAUUCCGAGUACCAAGAUGCUACACGUAAUCUAGUUGUACGUAACAAAUCAUACAAUUACGUUCUACGAGGACGUCUAAUAGGAUAAUACUUCUAAUACAUCAACCGUUUGACUCGAAAAUGGGAUUGUUAGGAUGGAGGAUAAAUCGGGAUAUUGCAACUACAAAGCAAUAUCAUCGUAGGAAAUUUUGCGCCAGUAUAUCGGCAGUUGAGCCUAGACGAGAUAUUUAAUGGUAUCUGGAAAAGCAGGAUACGUCGAGUUCUGGAAUGAUAUGCAAAUGGAAGGCAAACAGCGAAUCUAAUUCGUGGAAAUUGGAUUCGCGUGUAACGCGCACAGACUACGUCUUUCUUUCCUUCUUACUUGUCCUCCCAACUGUCUGUCUUGUCGAACUCUCCGAACUUUUCCUUCUUAACAAAUAAGAAAAGUUUCUUCCGAGGUGCGUCACGGGAAUGGACCAAGUUCUGCAAAGUGCAAGAAACCAAUAUGUUUUCAGACCCUAGUAUAUCAAACAGCUCCGUGCCUUUCCCCAUCGAGGAUCCCACGCGAACAUUAACCAUUUAGGAAUUAUUUCGAAGAUUCGACGCGCGCAAGGGGAAAGAGUAUAUCUUUGAAAUUUCUCAAAUAUUUCAAGUACAGAUAUAUGUAGGCGUAGACAUCCUAUUUGCGCUCGAGAAACGAGGAGUUUCGAAGCAAAAGCGGUUUUAUCUAACCAACAGAAAGGAAACAAACGGACCGUACCGGCAUGCGAAGCGGAACGCAGAUAUGCUGCAAGUUAUUCAAGCUCUAUUCGAGUAGCCUUAUCUGACAGAAAAUCUUCUCUGAGAAACGGUCAACUUGAAAACUUUAGUAAUCGGAAUAAUAAAUCCUUUCUUCUUGGCGAAUUUUCAACCUGACUGUAUGCGAUCGCUGCUUUCGCGUGUUCCCUUGACCCUUUUAUAUUUGGCUCGACAAACUUUCCUCUCUAAAUCGAGCUAACAACUAUUUCAUCCUCGUUACAAUUAAAUUUUCCUACCGAUGUUUCCUCGCUGAAAUUCUAAUGGAAUUUGUACGGAGCUGGAUCGUUCUAUUUUUGGAAAAAUUACCGAUCGGCGUACAUCACUUAACGGUAGCAAAUAUUUUAUCGCGAUAACGUCGGAGUGCUUCUAAAAUAAAACUGUUCAUCAGAAAUUCAUUGAUAUCGACUAGUGAAAAAAGCACAUUCGUAGCGACGAUUAAUAAAGAAAUUACUUGAAUGAACAGCACCAUAAUCCGCAAGGGGUUGAAUAACACUCGGAGAAAGUUCUCCCUUGUAAGAAAAUAACGAUGCAAGUUUAUUACUUGGUUCGUGUAUACGCACCGGUUGGUUCGACGAAAACUACCCUAUCGUAGAAAGAAAACCUAAGCGUUUCCGUGUAUCGUAUAACUUCGAAAGAAUAUCGGCAGGGUAGGAGUGGAUCUAGGUUGAACGUAGAGCAAAACGUCGGCAUAAAUAGAGGGACUAUCUUCGACGUGUUCUCUGAAAUACAAAGGAGUAAUCGGUAUCCGUAGCUCGGUUCCAAAAUAAAGGGUGCUUCGACCUCUCGCCGAGUCGAAUACAAAAUACGAUUAACUAGCUAUUGCGUUCGCUGAGAUAACAGUCUGCUACGUGACUCGAUCGUAAUUUAUCCAAUCUAAGACAGACUUGUUCGUUUUACCUAAAAUAAGGAAACCAACGUGAAACCUCUUGUACCCUCGACGUGGGCGUUUUCCAAGCGAAACGCGUACACGUGGGAUCUUCCGCAGGAAAUACGAAUAUUUUAUACUCACUUGACUUGGUUUACAUCUGAAUGCGGGCUGAUAUCGCCGUCUCAUCCGUCUGGGACAGCAGGCGCACAAGAUUCUCACGAAAGCUCUGCAAAACGAAAGGAAAACUUUGUUGUAAUUCGACAGGGGCGAUGUUUACGACCAGCUCUUCGUAAUACAUAGCCUCUCGGGAUACUCUUAAUUAAUAAUAAGAGUUGAUAUCAAAAUCUUACCGAAUCGAACUUCAGUUCUAUAGAGGAAUAAAAGUUGGAGGAAAAGUUAAACUCGAACGUUUCACGGUGUUUGCCGGAAGCUAAUUAUCAAAACGAUUCGAGCCAACUUUCUUGCGAGAAGUUUCCCCUCGAAUCAACUCCGAGAUUUGAAAAGAUUUUUCGAAUCGCUCGAGCGACAGAACGCGGAGCCAAUAACGCAACCUUCGCCGUAGGAAAAUGUAAAACCUUGCUCGAAAGUUGGUCACAUCGUCGACUGCUCGCGUUUUUAACGUCAGCAUCGCAUGACUGAGAACGCUGUUUCGAAUAUCGCGCGCAACUAUUUGCAUAAGCCACAUCACGGUGGAAGCGUGACAUGCGACCUCUAAUACAAACAUCAGAAUUUCAUUUUCCACUCUAUAAACAGUCUUUCUGAAAGACCCCGUUCGGCUGGUUCAAUUUCAACUCUGACCUUCCGGCGAAAUGAAAUUUUACAUUUCGUAAUUAUGCGCAAAGUACAUAUUUACAUUGUCGCUUACAUAUUUUCGGUCAAAGCAACGCAACGAAGUACUCGAUUCUGCGGUACUUUAUACAUACGCGUUUAACGACGAUCAAACCCCCUUUUAACGAUAAUGUUACAACUGCACGGUCAUUCGAAAGAUACGUAUCUACCAAAGUACACGUAGUCCUUGGUUAUCUCGUUCUCGAACAAAGUUACCCCUACCACAAAAGUCGCUUACACCUUUGUGAUAGUCCAGUUCUGGAUCUGUCGUUGCUGAAGUUCCGCAGAAAUGUCGAUGUUUCCAAUCCAUUCUCGACCUUUAACUCCGUUCAUCCUCGUUCUCUGCCACACCGCUUCCUCUAUCAUGGUACCUCAGAGCUACCUCGAACUACAUCGUCAAGAAACUCCAGGAAGAGAUCGUGGAUUCAUCGUCGAAGACGUGGCGGUUGAUCAGCGUGAACGGGAAGAAUUCUCAAAGUCGAUCCCUUGUGUCAAGAGUUUCUUGACAAAGUACAUAGAGAAACCAGCCUGGACUUCGUUCAUGGUUCUGGACGGAGAUAAGAACCCCCAGGAGUUUGCCCACUCGCUCGCGACGAGUUUGGAUUCCAAGUUCGCGUUCUUCAAGUCCUCUGCUGAUCUGGACUUUGACGUACUUCAACCAGCAUUCGCUACGAUCCUUCUGAUGUUAAACGCCACCAGCCUCGACGAUAGUUUCUACGUAUUGGACCCCUGUGAUCGGGGCUGUCCUUUCGUCUGCGUGCUGACGACCACCUUCCCGGACGAACAGAGUUUCCUGAAUCAAUCGGAUAUUCUGGUUCAGUCCAUGUGGACGAGAAGAAUUUCGAAGGUGAUAGUUUUAGCAAAGGUUCGCGAUACAAUUCUCGCUGCCGGUAGCCGGACCUUUCAACCGAAUCAGCUCUGCGUACCUUCGUCUACUGUUGUCUUGGACGAAUGCAAAGAGAACUCGUGGAGCAAACUGAAAAAGAUUCGCGCGCCAAGAUGGAACGAGUGUAUUCUGAAGGUGGCCUACUUUGACAAAUCGCCUCAAGUGAUCACGGUGAAUGGUUCGGAACAUCUGAAGGGGUUCGAGGGAAGCUUGAUCGAGGAGGUGAUGAGAGGGCAGUGGAUUGAUCGGGAGAAGGUAGAAUGGAACGACAACACCAGUUUCGCGGAACAGGUACAAAUGCUUCUCUACGAUGACGUCAUGGCUGACCUGGUGGUAGGUGGAAUUCUGCAACAGUCUAACGAUGAAAUUGGUUACUCUUCCACCUACGACAUGUUGAAGGUGGUCUGGCUAAUCCCAAAGGUACCCAAUGUAUCCUUGAAAGGGUUGAUUCAGCCAUUCGAUUCGUACGUUUGGGCGGCUGUAGGUGGAUCCUUGUUGCUCGGCGGUGUUAUCAAGACCUUCCUGAGUCGCGAUUUGACGUGGUUGGACAUAUUUGCCUUGAUAAUCGGCGUGCCCACUGUUAAACAACCCAGUAAACUCUCCGGUAAGAUUCAGUUCGUCUCGUGGAGCAUAUUUGGAUUAUUUCUAACACAACUGUACGUGGAUUCGCUUGCUGAUCAGCUGAUUAACGUGUCAGACUUCAAACUCGAAACCAUGAAGGAAUUGGUGGAUUCGUCGUUCGAAAUUGGAGGUACAGCGGCGUUCACGAGUCUUUUCGACACAUUCAAAGAUGUCGACGAGAGUCUGUCACAGAUACGCGAGAGAUUCGUCACGUUCGAUCAGAUUACGUAUCUGAAACAAUACCAGGAUCUGUUGGCGGGAAGAAACAAUUCUUUCGCUUUGGUCGUCGUGUUGAAUUCCUCGCGCAGCCAUGCUAUCGAAACGGUGCACUCGUACACCAUAACCACCGAGCCGAUAUGCAAUUUUCCGCUCGCACUGGCCACGUGGAAAGGAUUUCCGUAUCUUCAGCGUAUCAACGAGAAAAUCAUGCGACUGAUCGAUUACGGCUUCCUGGAUUUUAUGAUCAAUAUGGCGAUAUCGAAGGACGCGUUCGCCAUGUUCGCGAUCGCCGAAGACGAAGCGUACAAAAUGGAGCUUCAUUUGCAACAAUUCGUUCCAGCUUUCCUUCUCGUGAUCAUGGGAUUCUCCGUUGGAUUUAUUCUACUUAUUAUUGAAAUCAUUUUUCACCCGUCUAAGCUUCUCGAAUAACAUUCAAUUGUUUUUGGUUAAAUAAUUAAAUUUUGUCACGCGAAACAAAUUGUUGCCGUUCUUGAGAGAAGGACGAACGGCUGGAUAUCGUUUAACCAUAGAUUAUCGGCUCUCGCUUCUAUGAAUUAUAGACGGAUAUUGGAUUGCGGCUGAGCGGACGCUCGCGCGAGUUAGGCGUGCUGUAACCUUUCCGUCGAACCCGUCAAAGUAGCCGAUCCGUGUCAAGGACAUACACGAUACUCGAGUAAUUUGUGCGGUGACAUCGUUCGUUACCUGUUCUACACCGUUCCCCGUUGAUUCCGUGCAUCCUGUGAAAAUGGCGAACAAUGAAAAUCCAAUAGACGUAUUUAAUCGGACGCAAUGAUAUUCAUGCCGUGCGUCGCCGACCUUUCGGACGAAUUCUCAGGGAGCCGAGAUGUCGAAGCCCAAAGAGAACGAUAACCUGUGUUAACGCGAAAGAAAGGCGAGGAUAUCCAUCUUUCUCGAUACUUAAUUUCGUCCCUUGGUUAUAUCCAACUCGAAAAAUAAUCCCCGUCCGGUCGUUCACUGGCUUAUUCACGAUCGAAUCAGCUGCCAUUCGAAGCCGUGGCUCGUGAUCGAA